CCUGGCGAUACUAUAGUUAAAGUUCCACAUUGUCUGCUCAUUACAACUACCACUGUUCUAAGAAGUGAUAUUGGACCAGUUAUUAAACAACAUCCAGAAUUAACGCCAAGGCAAAUUUUGUGUAUAUUCCUGUUAAUUGAAAAGCAUAAAGGACGAUUAUCCUUCUGGAGCCCGUACAUCUCUCAACUACCAGAUACGUACACAACAACUUCAUAUUUCACAGAUGAAGAACUCAAUUCCUUACCACAGCAUCUCCACCAAAAGUCCUUGUUCCAAAUUGAGACAGUUAACGAUGAGUUCCAAAAAGUUAAAACAUUUUCUGAAUGUCUUAAAAGCUUGGAUUUGCAUUAUAUCAGGUUAUUCACGUUUGAGGCAUUCAGGUGGGCGUGGUUCGUGAUCAACACCAGAUCUGUGUACAUGGAUCCUGAUGUUAGCCAAUGGAAGAAUUCGCACGAGCUUGACUCCUAUGCAUUAGCACCAUUUCUUGAUUUGCUGAACCAUUCAGCCAAAGCAGAGGUAACAGCUGGAUUUAAUCAAACUUCUAAUUGCUAUGAGAUUAAAACUCACAACAGCUACGAGAAGUAUGAUCAAGUGUUUAUAUGCUAUGGUCACCAUGGUAAUGAGAAACUGCUAUUAGAAUACGGUUUUGUAGUUCCAUUGAACUACCAGACAACAGUACAUAUUCCUUUUGAAUUAAUUUUAGAGAGUGUAAAAAGUUACCAUGGUCGCAACAUCCCCUCCACUGUAUUGAAGAAGAAAAUUAAGUUUCUGCGAGAACAUUCGCACCUGUCAGCGAUGAGCGAGUUAACUUGCGGUUAUGAGGGAGUAUCUUGGCAGCUGAUGGUCACGUUGAGUCUACUUUGCACAAUAAAUAAUAACAGGAUUCAUUGGCAAAGAAUUUGUGUCGGACAAGAGACUACGACAGCGGAGGAGCUGAAAGUAACUAAUGAGAUUGCUAAUUACAUUCUGAAAAAUAUGCGAAAGCAAAUUACUGAAAAGAUAGGGCGUCUUAGUGUGGGAGGACAUUACAAAUUAUUAGAAGAUUUCUUAAAAGAACAGUUACACAUACUGGAUACAAGUAUAAAACUUCUUGCUGAAAAUAAUCAGAGAGUAUAGAAGAGAUCUGUAUUUUAGAAAAAAAA